CCCCUUCGGAUUUACUCUCCGACCGAACUCUCUAAAGCUCUCCCUUUUCGGAAUAUCUUCAUCAUCUUCAUCAUGACUCUUGAGGAAGUUCUGAUCCAGAAACCCACUGAGCGUGCUCAGUGCACCGGCAAAGCCCUGGAGGAGGUCCUGGUGUCCGCUAAAGACAACGACUCCCUCACCGUCGGUGUCUACGAGUGCGCAAAAGUUAUGAAUCUUGACCCGGACAGUGUGUCCUUCUGCGUCCUGGCCAUGGAUGAGGAGUUUGAGUGUGACAUCGCUCUCCAGAUCCACUUCACCCUCAUCCAGUCCUUCUGCUUCGACAACGACAUCAGCAUCGUCAGAGUGAGCGACAUGCAGCGUCUGGCUGAGAUUGUUGGUGACAAAGCGGAGCAGCUUGAAGAUGCCCACUGCGUCCUCAUCACGAACCCAGCUGACGGGUCUUGGGAGGACCCUGCUCUGGAGAAGCUGCACCUGUUCUGUGAGGAGAGCCGCCGCCUGAACGACUGGGUUCCUGAGAUCAGCCUCCCCGAGCGUUGAUCCGGGAAGUCGGCUCCCCUCUUGCUCAGAUGCUGUUGAAGCUUCUUAUCUGGAAAUACUCAUCCUACUGAACAGGAUGACCCUGUUUCUGCUCAUCCCUGGAUACUCCUGAGGAGGAUUCCCGUCCAGGCAGCACGGCGCCGGCCCGAGGAGGGCCCCCGUGAACCGUCGCCUCUUGUCCCGUCCAUGCCAAGAUGACUCUCAUUCUUUAUGUGAACGAGGUCAGGUAUGCCACAAGAGCGACCCAUCGACCCUCAUUCUUUGUGCGGAUGAGGUUUGGAGAGAAAGGAGAAGCGAGUUCUGCGUCCUGUGGUCCCACAGAGCAAAUGUCGCACGUUGAAGCACGCGCAGCAGGAGAAGAAGCGGUGCUGAGAAAGAGGCCUUCUUAAAAAGGGACUUUUUAAAGAUGUGUCCUCUUCGCUGAGCAACAUGACAACAGUUGCAAACAGCUGAAAUGUUUCCCACUUUCCAGAAUUGUCUUAAUGCUCUAAAGGUUUCACUUUAGAAAUUUAACAAUGACAAAAAAAAAAUAUUCUAAAACAAACAAAAAAAAUUUGAAAAAAAAGUCUUUUCUCUAAAGGUUUCACUUUAGAAAAUGGCUAAAUUAAGUUAAUGUUAAAAAAAAAUAUAUGAAAAUAGGAGAAAUUGUAAGAUUAUCUUAUAAACACUUCAUUAUGUAAUGAAGACAGAAAUGUUUUUUAAAAAAUGAAGAUUUGACUUAAGAUAUUCUGACCCUGUUGGAAGAAUUUUGGAAACUAAGUUAUAUCCCUAUCAGUUUCACAUUAGAAAUUGUAAGUGGAAAAUGCUUAAUAAAACACAA